CUACAAAAAAAAUAAAAAAUUGCAUUUAUCCGGAGCGGAAUUCGGGAUUCAGCGGUAGCGGUGUGGAAAGAAGCGGCAGGCCAACAACACCGGCGGCAGCUGGGAUUUGAUGAUUCCGAUGGCUGUCCGCAGUAAGUGGGCAGCGAUGGCGGCGAGCAUCUGGAUGCAGUGUGUGAGCGGUUCUGCUUACACCUUCGGCUUCUAUUCUCCUCUGCUCAAAUCCACGCAGCUCUACGACCAGCAGACCCUAGACACAGUCGCUUUAUUCAAGGAUAUCGGCGCUAAUGCCGGCGUAAUCUCCGGCGCGAUCUACUCCUCUUCCCCUGACGCCAGCUGUCCUCGCCUCGUCCUUGCGCUGGGCGCCGUCCUGUGCUUCGCCGGAUAUUUCUUCCUGUGGCUCUCCGUUGCAGGGAUACUCUGCCGUCCACCCGUCUCUUUUAUGUGUUUAUUUAUGCUUCUUGCUGCGCACUCCUCGACCUUCUUCAACACUGCCGAUGUUGUCACCGCUGCUCGCAACUUCCCCGGUCAUCGCGGCACGGCAAUUGGCAUCAUGAAGGGCUACCUUGGUCUAAGUGGUGCCAUACUAAUCCAUGUGUACUGCACACUGUAUGGCAACGAGCCAGGCUAUUUUCUUCUGAUGCUUUCAUUACUGCCCACAACAUUUGCACUUCUGCUUAUGUAUUUUGUGAAGGUUUAUCCCACAAAUUCUCAAGAUGAUAGACCAUUCCUGAAUGUUUUCUCCCUAAUCGCUCUAAUUACUGCUGGGUUUCUAAUGGCCUAUAUACUACUGGAAAAUAUUCUCAGCUUAAUCUCUUCAGUUCGCAUCCUGACUCUCAUAUUCCUGCUAAUUUUACUUUCCUCACCAUUAAUCAUCCUAAUAAAAGCCCACUUGAGAGACUCCAUGCUUCCAUCACCCUCCAUCUCUCAUGAAAGCUUACUUUCAGCCGAUUCUCAGAGAAAAUGUGAUGCAGAUCCAGAGGAAAACUUGAAUCUUUUUCAAUCCAUGCAGAAACUCAACUUUUGGCUGUUGUUUCUUUGUAUGGCAUGUGGGAUGGGCUCAGGCUUAGCCACAGUCAAUAACAUUAGUCAGAUUGGUAGUUCUAUGGGCUACAAAAGCAAAGAAACAGCUGCCUUAGUUUCUCUUUGGAGCAUAUGGAAUUUUACGGGUCGUUUCGUCGCCGGCUACAUCUCCGAUCAUUUCUUCCGCUCACACGGAUGUAAGAGGCCGCUAUUUCUGGUGAUCACCCUUGCAACUAUGGCCUUCGGCCAUGCAUCGAUCGCUUCGGGUUUUCCAGGUGCUCUCUAUUUGGGUUAUGUGGUGGUAGGGGUGUGUUAUGGUUCUCAGUGGUCUCUAAUGCCUACAAUUAGUUCGGAGAUAUUUGGUUUGAGGCAUUUUGGCACGAUAUUUAAUGCCAUUGCCAUUGCAAGCCCUUGUGGAUCUUAUGUACUGUCUGUGAGAGUGGUUGGAUAUAUAUAUGAUAUGGAGUCUCAGAAGAGGACCUGUGUGGGUAACCAUUGUUUCAGGCUAUCAUUUGUGAUAAUGUGGUUAGUUAGUCUUAUGGGAGCUGGUGUGGCUUUGGCUUUGUUUUUCAGGACUAGGAAGUUUUAUGAGCAGCUCAUGAUUGUCAGGAUAAAGCGUUUGGUUGUUUAGUUAAGAGAAUUAAAGUGUAUGUAUUUGGUAUUUUAGUGGAUUUUCUAUAAUGUAAAGGUGAGUGCGGAGAAGUUUCUUCGUCUGUAGCACAGCUGAAAUGAAUGGCUGGUUUGGGCUUGAGUUUGGUAAUGUGUGAUUGAGCUUGUUA